CCUCUUUUGCCCUAAAUAAUCUUUCUAUUCUCCCAAAUCUCCCUCCUCAAAUUUUUCCUUAAACCAUCAAAAAGGCAAAAACACAAAACAAAAAAAAUCACUCUCUCUCUCUGUAAUCUCUCUCUUUCAUCAUUCAUCAUGCCUUUUCUUCAAAACAAUUUCACACAAUUUUCACAUUUGCUUUUCUUAUUCCUCCUCUGUUUUUUACAGUGUAAAUUGGCUACUUCUUCCAUGUCUAUUCAUGAUCUACUAAAAUCAAAAGGAUUACCAGCUGGACUCCUCCCUAAAGAAGUGAAAUCUUACAAUUUAUCAGAUUCUGGUUUUCUUCAAGUUUUUUUAGAUGGGCCUUGUUUGGCUAAAUUUGAUACUAUGGCUUUAUAUGAUAGUGUUGUAAGAGCAAAUCUCACUUAUGGUUCACUAGGCGCUGUGGAAGGAUUUUCUCAACAAGAGCUUUUUGUUUGGUUACCUGUUAAAGGAAUUGUGGUUGAUAAUCCUUCAUCUGGUCUUAUACUUUUUGAUAUUGGUUUGGCUCAUAAACAACUCUCUCUUUCACUUUUUGAAGAUCCUCCUAAUUGCAAACCAGAUGGUGUUCUGAAGAAGAAUGGUAGGAAGGAGAAGGGAUUUGAAGAUCAAUAAUAAAGAAAUGCCCAUUUUGGAAAA